AUGGGUCCUUACGAGAUCUUGCAGCGAGUAGGAAAUGUUUCCUACAAACUGAGGUUACCUCAAGAAUUGGCUUAUGUUCAUCCAAUUUUUCACAUAUCUAUGCUUAAGAAGUGUUUAGGCGAUCCAGCAUCCAUCCUUCCUGUUGAGGGGUUAGGAGUUGAUGAGAACCUUUCCUAUGAAAAGGUUCCAGUUGAAAUAUUAGAUAGCCAAGUGAAGUGGCUGAGGAACAAGGAGUUUGCCACCGUGAAGGUGUUUUCGAAGAACCACCUUGUUGAGGGAGAAACAUGCGAGGCCGAGGCCGACUUGAGAUCCCGUUAA